GGGCCCGCCGAGGGGAGGCGGCCAAGCGGUAGCGGUAGCAACGGAGGAGCCGGCGGCGUGCGCAGCCCCGGGUGGCUGUGGCGACCAGGCUCCUUCCCCGCUGCGCUUGCCGGCUGUCGCCCACCUCCCUGUCAGUGUAACCGCCCCCGGCCUGCGAGCAACAUGAGAGUAGUGGCAUUGAUCAGUGGUGGGAAGGACAGUUGUUAUAAUAUGAUGCAGUGUGUUGCUGCUGGGCAUCAGAUUGUUGCUCUAGCCAAUUUAAGACCUGCUGAAAAUACAGGGCACACUGAUGAAUUGGACAGCUAUAUGUAUCAGACAGUAGGACACCAUGCCAUUGACCUGUAUGCUGAUGCAUUGGAUUUGCCACUCUAUCGUGGUUUUAUAAAAGGUACCAGUGUAAAUACUGGCAGAGUGUAUACUGCAUGCCAGGAAGAUGAGGUUGAAGACCUUUACCAGCUCAUGAAACUUGUUAAGGACAAAGAAGGAGUGGAGGGUGUAUCUGUGGGAGCCAUUCUUUCUGACUACCAGAGAAUUCGAGUUGAAGAUGUGUGCAGAAGGCUUAAUCUUCAGCCUUUAGCUUACCUCUGGCAUUGGAACCAGGAAAUACUGCUUAAAGAAAUGAUAUCAUCUAACAUUCAAGCCAUAAUCAUAAAAGUGGCAGCUUUUGGUUUAGAUCCAGAUAAGCAUCUAGGAAAAACUCUGGGUGAGAUGGAGCCUAUUCUUUUGGAGCUCUCUGAGAAAUAUGGAGUCCAUGUUUGUGGAGAAGGUGGAGAAUAUGAAACAUUCACUCUGGACUGCCCUCUGUUUAAGAAGAAAAUAGUUGUAGAUUCAGCUGAGGUGGUUGUGCAUUCAGCAGAUGCAUUCGCACCUGUGGCCUACCUUCAUUUUUUAAAAUUACACCUGGACAAUAAGCAGGAAGAAUCUUCGGGUACUUUUGUGGUCAGUAGCUGUUCUUGUGAGAUAAGCUGCACUGAUGACGAUAUUUUCCCUUCAUCAGCAGAGUAUGAACCACAGAAAAAUAUUCCAAUCAUCUGGAAGACUUUGAAACAUAACUCUUUGGAUUUCACUAAAACAUUUGAAAAUUCAGGAAAAUCCCUGAGUGGUUACCAGUGGUUUUCAGGUAUCACUGCCCACUUCCUUCCAUCAAAGGAUAAAAAUGCUCAAGAUGCAGCACGGGAAGCAUUUUCUUCUCUCAGAGCUAAUUUGACUUCAGAGGGAUUGAAACUGAAGGAUAUUAUUUUGGUUCAUCUAUAUAUGAAGAGCAUGAAAGAUUUCAGUGUUAUAAACUCAGUUUAUGGGACAGAAUUUGGUUUGUGUCCACCAGCAAGAGUAUGUGUGGAAACGCUGUUACCUGAUGGAGUGCUGUUUUGCAUUGACUGCCUUGCACAUAAGUAUGACAUGGCAACGGAUGAUGUAGUACAUGAUGAAAAGCUGGUCAUGCAUGUACAGAGCAUUUCCCACUGGGCCCCUGCCAGCAUAGGACCUUACAGUCAGUCCAUCAAGGUUGGCGAUAUUCUCUACUGUGCUGGACAGAUUGCUCUGGUACCUUGCACAAUGCAGCUUGUUAGCGGUGGCAUACACAGAGAGGCUGGAGUUUCCCUCCGUCAUGUUGAGCGAGUUCUUCAAGCUAUGAGCCAGCAGACUGCACUCCACCACGUCAUCACAGCCAGCUGCUACGUAACUGACAGCAAGAGCAUUCCUAUUGCUCGCUCCAUGUGGCAGAAGAAAUUAAGGGAAUGCAAAAAGGUUGAAGAUUCGGAGAUGCAUAAUGAUGAAACUCCAGUAUGUGGGUUGCUUGCUGUGGUUGUAAUAUCUCACCUGCCCAGAGAUGCUGCCAUUGAAUGGCAUGUUGUUGCAGCAGUUGAUGAUCCACUCCAAAGAAAACAUUUUGCAAUGAAGAUGUUGUCAGAGGGCUUCCAAAUUGAGUGUGAAUCUGUGGAGUCUAGCUCUGCAUCUUGUGCAUCAAUCUCAGUACACCUGAGCUUGAUUUCACCAUCCGCUUUUCACCUCGAUUUAGAUGAACCUCUUCAUGACUUAGUUGCUAUGUUUAAACAAGCUGUUGACAAACUUUCAGAAGACUGCAGUGCAAGUCCUUUGUCCUUUAGAGCUUUCUUCAAGGAGGAUGUCUUUGAUGCUGAAACACUGCAAAAAGGACUGCAAGAAUACCUUGAAAAAUAUUUGGAAGAGAAGACCCCAGCUCUGAUUUUAGUACCUGUGCUGGAUUUACCUGGCAAAGAUGUUAUUCAUAUAACAUGCUGGCUGAGCUAGCAGUUAAAAGGAGAUGAGUUGAUAUCAAAAUGCACAUAUAUUCCAUCCAGGAGAGAACAAAGAAAAGGGUCGAUACUAACUCUGUUGGAUACUUUCAUGGAGAAAUACUGUUUGAUUUAAGCAGACAUAUUAGCUUGUUAAUGAUGCCUCAUGAUAUGUGACAGAGUUAGGUUUGUAUGAAGAAUAAAGGUUUCUUUUAAAAAUAGUGUACUUUUUUCUGGCUUACUUUUAGAUGCCUGCAGGUUAUAGCAGGUGACUUUUAGAAGAUGCAGUUGGUCUGAUCACAUUGGUUCUUUGAUAUAUUUAGGCCUGGUUACUAUACACCAAUUAUAACUUUAGAUCAUUUGGAUGGAGGUGAAACUAGAAUAUUACCUCCAAUACUGUUUUAAGGAUUGGAUUCCUUUCAAUUAUAUGUUGAAUUUACUCACUUUGGGCCAACUCAUGAAAACUCUAUUUGCGGCCAGAUUUUAACCAUUUUCUAGCACUGGGGAAGAACUACUCAGAGUAGUAUUUAGUAUGCACAUUUUACUGAAACAAAUAAUGGAAACGAUGGCCAGACAGUAGGAUUUGCCAUCCUGCUUUCUGGCCCAGGGGUAUUUUUGUGUUUUACAUUGGGUAGACAGCUCUUAUUAAAGAGCUACCAACAUUCAGGUAGCUACCAGCUACCAGUAUUCAGUGCCACCAUAGACCGAAGGCUUCAGUGUUCUCCAGAUAAUCAUCAGGAGUUUUACCACUGCUUUCACUAACAACAGGCUCAGACACACAAGUGAAGCUCCUGUCAAUUUCAUUGCCACAGAUAUUUUACUCGUUACAUAAGGUCAGUAUAGAAAAGAAAGCCUUUUGGACUUGGCUUGAAGCAGUAACACACUGCAGAAAAAUCUUACUUUCAGACAAAGACUAGAAAUUAAACCUUCAAGAAUGGGUAUCACAUCUUUGCUUUGCCUAUAUUCCACAUCUAUAUAUUCUCACUGCUUCUCUUCCAGAGUGUGAGCACUGGAGCUAGGAGACCAGCACUCCAGUUAUCCUUCUCUCCCACCGGCAUGUAUGUGAGAUCCCUGCACAGAAGUCAGCUGCAUGGCAGGACAUGUGAGGUGACUAAGAGGUGGACCUAGCACUCCAGUUUAGUUUUCCUACCCACUAUCAGAAAUGCACUUGGCAGCACCUGAUAUAAAACAAGUGACUAAAGAUAAGAGGAUCUUCCUGUUAGAACUUUUGCAUGCCCAGCAUACUAUGCUGAUCAAUAUUUGACAUUAGACUCUGUUAAAUGUUAUUGUUCCUUACUAUUGCUUCCAAUAAUAUAGCAGAGCUGCCAUGUUCCUUAGUAAGAACUACUUUUUUCUCAGAUCUUUAAAUAUUUUUGAAAGGGACAAAGCAAAGAUUUUUUUAUGUAACGGUGUAUAAAUAAAUGGUUGUAUUAAAUUUCUUAAGGAAAAAGGGAUGAAUCUGUUAACAAUACAUUAGUUGAUUAGUAUUCAGGAUCAUUUUUAGGUUAGACUUACACAUAUUUGAUCGUCGCUCUUUCCCACGAUCAGAAAAGGACUUGUUAAUACCUGGAUGUGCCUGGUUAUUUGAAUUCUACUCUUUUAGAAGGCAAAAUCAUUUUCUCCCUUCCCCCUGGAAAUACCAGUAUUUUAUUUCUCUCAGUGUGGAGUGCCCAUGGGCCAGAGACACAGUGGACUAUAAGAGAAGAUGUACUUUCAGAGAGAUAAGGAUGAAGCUUAUUUUUUCAUUGAUGCAUAUGGAAACCAAAGAGAUGGCAUAAGUUUCACUGUGUCUCCUGUAGCAGUCAUUGUUUUCAUCAUGAGUUUAAAAAAGAUACUGAAACACAUUGAUCUUAGCUUUUGUACUGUACUAGAUAUUUUAAGGUGGCAGGAUAUUUGCUCCCAAAGAAACCAGCUUUUCCUGCAAGUCUUCCUACAAGAUUCAUGACUCAAACUAGCCUGCUUUUUUUUCCCCAGUAGAGCUGCAUUGAGAAAUGGUAACAGAAUACAUUGGUCUGAAAAACCAGUGAUCUUUUAUUUUUCUCUCAAAUGAAAGCAAACCUUUUCCCUUUUUUUGAGAGAGAGAAAUAGAACUUCAACAGGUUUAAAUUGUGAAUACAUUAAAAAAAAUAGUUUGCUGACUUUUUCUCCCAGAGAGGCUUCAAACAGUUUCUGAGUGGUGUGAGUGACUAAAACUAUAAGCUCAGUCUACGCUGUUUUAAGUAUGAACACGGCCAUUUGUGCAACAUUGAUAUGCAAGGCAGGUGAGUAAAGUGGUGUGCCAUAGAGAGGCCUUAGACUUUUAUAAUAGAGAGAAAUAGCACCAUUUUAUCUGCCUUAUUGCAUCAGAAUGACUGGGUCCUAGUCUGAAUAAGAUGUUUCAGCAGAGCUCUUUUUCACUUUCUUUGUAACAAAGUGGUAGCUGAAGAAGUGAGGUGGGGAGAUGGGUACAGACAUACACACACACACCUAUAUACAUACAUAUGGUUUAGUGAAAAGAGGGAAGGACAUCAAUACUCAAAAUUCAGAUGCAGGGGGGUUUUGCUGUGUUUAUUUUUUGUUGUGGUGAUUUUUUUCACAGCAAGAUUGGUGGAGUGAUUACCCCAGCAAGUUUUAAUCUUGAGACUAUAAAUUCCCAUAUGUGCUAAGACACUGGUUUUGAGGACUUUGUAUCCACAUAAAUUCUUCUGUUUCUCUGAUUUUUACUAAGCCUGCAGGAAAAUGUUUUGUAUGCUUAUUAUGACACAAAAAGUUGGCUGAUUCCAGCACUCAGAACACAGAAGGGCUAUGUAAUGGGUGGGAAAAUGUCUUUAAAAAUGUAACUCAAGGUUUUAAUUUUUCAUUUCUCUGCUUAACAAGUGCUAUAAUAUGUCUUGCACAUCUUCUCUGCUUCUUUUUUUCCAAAAAGUACUCUUUGUCUUGUUAUAGGUCUCUGUGUCCAUAAAAUUUUGUCUCCUGCCUCCUUUUAAAAGUCUCUGUAUAUAAAUUUCUUUAAUUGCUUGAAAGUAUGACCAAAUGGCACUGUAAGACCAAAACUGAUUUAGUAACUUUGUGCUGUACUCAUUUCAAAACCCAGUGAUGGCAACAGUACCAGUGAGCCUUUACAGUGCACAUGGCUAAGCUGCUAUAAAGGCACCAGAGCUGAUCUUCCUAAAUAGAUUUUGAAAUGACAUUGAGAUAUUUUAAGCAGAGAUUAUUUAAUUUUUUUCCCCGUGAGUUUUACAGUUAGGUAAUUCAGGAGCUGAUUUGUUACACCGGAUAGCAUGGGUGCAUCUUUCCUCUUAGCCUUCAGAAGUCUGAUGAGCACUGGAAGCAGGAUGUCUCCUGAGUAUUAGAAAGGUAGUCUGAAGCCGCUCUUCUCCUUCAAGGACAUCCUGUUCAAUCCAUUAUCUCCUGUCUAUGUGCAGAGCCUAGUCUAUCAAAAUACAGUGAUUGAAUAAAAAUUUUAUUUCAAAUAAAUGAAUGUAUUGGUUUAAUACAAGAUUUCUAGUGCAUGGUGUAAUAGUUCUCUAAAUGAACACUGAAAUCCUAAAAUACAGAAACCUUUCAUGUGUCCAAGUCAAAUCUUUGUUAUUUCUUUCAGGAUGGGUUUGCUGAAGCAAACCUAGUUUGUUCUAUGUAUUAAAGUAAAACUGUUCUGAGCUCUCUGAGUACUAACUGGCACUUAUUAUUUAAGUAACCUGCUUUUACUAUUAUAAAUGUCUGGCAUUGACAAUACAUAUUAAGAAUACUUGACAAUUUACUAAUUUAUGAUCUUUUUACUUGUACUUUAAUAUUUCUGGCAAGCCAGCCUGUGUUGAUGUAUUAGACAAACAUUCAAAAUACAGACUUGAGAUCGUGAAAGCUUCUUUUUUUCAACUUUCAUCUGAACACUGAAUAUUUUUGACCUACUUUAAAUUUUAAUUUUAAAAAACAGACUGGGUACCUGUGAAUUGAACUCAUAUGUUACAUGCAAGUGCCCUUUUACUGAUGAUUCAUUGCUCACAAUUUCUUGGAUUUGACUUCUGUUGGAUUAAUUCAUGAUUAGGAUUUGCCUGUGAUUUCCUGCUUUUCUCAUUUUUUAGAGCACUGCCUGCUUUUUUCCUACAUUCCCAAACAGUCUGGUUGUUCUGAGGCUCUUCUAACAGGAUAUGUCACUGGCCCUAGGUCUCCUUGCCAUUGCCUUGGCUCUCCAUUUCACUUGCAAUGUUUAAAAAACAUUUGUUGGAUAUGUCUGUUCAUCCUCCAUCUCCUAUUAUAUGGCUGUUUUGUGACUGUAUCAAUCUUAAAUAAUUUCAAAAUACUGUUUGCACAAUUUAAUAUGGUUGAUGAGACUUACUGUCCACAGUACAACAGGAUGGACUCAAAAUAGGUUAGAUUUCACAUUUGCUUUUCCCAGCUUUCAGAAAUUCUUCUCUGAAUUAUAAGGAUUCCCAGUCCAGAAUAAAAUAAUGGUUCAGAACAAAAGCUGAACUAAAUGCCAUGAACAAAUUGACAGCUACCCCAGUCUAGUAGCCUGUUAGGGCAUGUGUUCAAGUCAGGAGGCAAAGGUUAGGAUCGCACUACCCCUUUCCUGGGAAAGUUUAAGCAUAUCCAUUAGAUUUCUUGUGCCUUUAUUCCCAUAUUUGUAUGUUUUCUCACCCUUGUAAAGGUGUUGGCAAAGGGAUGCUAUGUUGUAGUCAUACAACCUGCAAUAACAAAAAGUUUAGACUGAGUGAGCAGCACACAUGAGUGUGAAAGUAAUGUUGUAGUGGGAACCAGAACGAAUGCGAUCACAGACAGAAAUUUGCAUGAGCACAAUCUGGAAAGCUUUUCUCCCAGCACACUGCCUGCAGCAGUCUCAGAUCACAGAACUCUAUAAUACAUCUAGUAACAUUAAUGAUACAUUUUACAGCAUGAUUCAUCCCUGAUGAUCCUGAGAUGCUUUACAAGUCCAUCACAUAAAAUUUUCUUGGGCCAUCACUGGGACAGCCACGCACGUGCUGGGGGCCUCCCCUGCACGGUGUGAGUGUAGGCAGGUCUCAGGUUAUGCUGCUGGGAGAAGAGCUCCUCCACUCUCCACAGUCCCCAAGUAGUGGUAUUUGCUUUGGCAGAAGAAGCAGUUUUCAACCUCAAAGCCCCAUCCAGACCCAUUUCAACCUCAAAGACCCAUCGAGAGUCACUACUUUCUGUUACUCAUGAGAAGACUUGUUCUACUUUAGAUUUUGCCAUGAUAGAGGGGAAAAAUCUCUCUUCUGUGCUGUCUUUAUUGUCUUUCUGCAACUCUUGUUACUGGCAGCUGUCGACAGUACUGUCUUACCAUAACAUCCUUCAUACAUCACAUUAUUACUAUACCUUCACUUUACAAGAAAGACAUUAUUUUCCUGAGACAGAAGUUGUGCCAUUGCAUUAGGGGUGCAAGCUCAUGCAAGCAUUGCUUCCCCUUUGCUCAUUCCCAUGGGUUUUCUGGUAGCUGCCUUGACAUUAGUUUAUUUUGUUGCUUAGAAAAGACCAGGAUCCCAGAGGGAAGAAAUACAUUUCUCAGAUGUAAGAGUUAUCUCGUUGCAACAAAGUUCAGUCCUACUCCCACACAUACCCAACCGUUCUGCAGCAAGACCCAGAUACAUGCAAAUGUAGAGCCUUUUGUAACUGAACCAAAUUACCACAGCUCCAGAGCUGGAUCUGCUAAGGUUCAAAGCAGGAGUUGUUAAAGGAUAUGAAAUAAUAGAAAGGAAACACAGACAAGAAGUUAUUGCCAAAGGAAUGGUAUUACUAGGAACUGGUGGGGAAGUCAAGCUAAAAAGGCAAACAACAGGUCUAGGGACCUAAGGGGUUUAUUCUUUAUUUAUGGGAUGUCUUUGAAGGAAAAGACCCUGGACUGCCUUCUCACCAUUACUAGUUCUAGCUUUAAAAGAUUAAUGAAUGAAGAACAAAGAGGAAUAAAUAGAGUUGCCAGGAAAGAGAUCCGGAAAUGAACUUUAAAAUGCAUCUCUCAUCCCUUCAGCGAGGUAUAAAAUGGUAAAUGCUUUGACUGCUCUAAGGUCUGGGUCUGAAGGUGAGGAUGCCUGAAAUGAAGGUAAUAUGCAAGAGAAGCUACCAGCUGUGCGCCAUCCUGCUGUUAAGGGACAUUCCUCCUGGGUACUGCCACAAGGAAUGUGGUUAAUGGGUCUUGACUGGAGAGCUGUAGCCCAUAAAUGUGCUUCUCAUCUGUACUCCUCCUUGGUCAACGUGCUACAGUGUACCGAGAUGUUGAUUCAGGACUCGUCUUCAUUCUUAUGGAUCUUGUUUAAAACUAACUGUUUAAAUACUGAAAGUCUUGAGUAUCUCGUACUGCAGCUCAGACUAGGCAAGCCAAAUAUGAUUCUCUUUAUGGUAUAGUCCCCAGUGCAGACAAAAAGCUUUCUCAGGUUGAGAUCCUGCCACUCACGUAAUUAUUUAGAGAAAGACAGCUCCACUACUUCAACUCCAGUACUUCACAAGAGGAAUGGAAACAUUAGGAAAAGUUUUUUCUUUGAUGUAGAAUAUGCUGCCACUUUUUUGUUAUUAAAAUAGGAGCUAACUUUAAAUAAAUAAAAUUUUGCCUGGAGGCUUCUGAAAACUAA